AUGCAACGCACGCUCGCUCUCGCGGCUCUGGCCGCCGUGGCCUUUGCCUCACCCAUGCCUCAAGCUGUCACAUCUGCCAUCUCGCCCGAGUCUUCUGCUCCCGCAGGAUGCCAGACAUCGUGGCCCGGCACCUUCGAAAUCACUGUUGUCAAUGUCACCUCCUCCUCCAAGAGAGAUCUUGAGAAACGACAACAAGAUGGUAUCCUUACGCUGACCCUCACUGAUGGCCUCCUCAAAGACCAGGCUGGUCGCACCGGUUACGUUGCUGCCAACUUCCAAUUCCAGUUCGACAGCCCACCUCAAGCUGGUGCUUUAUACACCUCUGGCUUCUCCGUCUGCUCAAACUACAGUCUUGCGUUGGGAGGAUCGGCAAUAUGGUAUCAGUGUCUGAGUGGCAACUUCUACAACCUGUACAGUAAGAAUUGGGCCAACACCUGCAACCCCAUCUACAUCUAUGCCAUGUCCGCCUCGACACCUUCAUCCUCAGCUCCCGCUGCCAGCCAAGCCAGUGACGGCCAGCCUCAGGCUACAACUGCUGCACCUGUCUCUCAAGUCUCUGAUGGUCAACCUCAAGCAAGCACCGGCGGCGUUCCUGUCACUCAGAUCUCAGACGGUCAACCACAGGCCACCACUGGAGCUCCCGUUUCUCAAAUCUCAGAUGGUCAACCCCAGGCCCCUACCGGUGCUCCGGUCACCCAGAUCUCGGAUGGUCAACCACAGGCAGCAACUAAGGGUGCCCCAGUUACCCAGAUCUCAGAUGGUCAACCACAAGCAACUAAGGGUGCCCCAGUUACCCAGAUCUCAGAUGAUGGUCAACCACAGGCAACUAAGGGUGCCCCAGUUACCCAGAUUUCAGAUGGUCAACCGCAAGCCACCACUGGUGCUCCUGUCACCCAGAUUUCAGACGGUCAACCACAGGCAACUAAGGGUGCCCCGGUUACCCAAAUUUCAGAUGGUCAACCACAGGCAACCACUGGUGCUCCUGUCACCCAAAUUUCAGACGGUCAACCACAAGCAACUAAGGGUGCCCCGGUUACCCAGAUCUCAGAUGGUCAACCACAGGCAACUACUGGUGCUCCGGUCACCCAAAUUUCAGACGGUCAACCACAGGCAACUAAGGGUGCCCCGGUUACCCAGAUUUCCGACGGUCAACCACAAGCAACUACUGGGGCUCCCGUCACCCAGAUCUCCGACGGCCAGCCCCAGGCGACCACUGGCGCCCCUGUUACUCAAAUCUCUGACGGCCAACCUCAGGCUACAGUCGAAGCUGCUACCAACACUGCUGCUGCACCCGCAACAUACACUGGCGCCGCCAACCGUGAAGGUCUUUCUGGCGGUCUUGCCCUCAUCGCCGGUCUUGCCGGAGCUGUUGCUCUCCUCUAG